UAGUCCAGUCACAGCGGUUAGCUGCGGUAAAGCGCGGAGCAGUGUUUACUUUUACACAAACUGAAAUCAUAUUCAUAUUCAUCACUGUAUAAUUCGCGUGUUGACGAUGGCAGGAACUCUUGCACGUAAAGCCGUGGAUCAUCUCCGCAGUAAAGAGUUCAGAGAGUAUCUCAUGAGCACGCACUUCUGGGGUCCGGUGGCCAACUGGGGUUUGCCCAUCGCUGCCAUCAGUGACAUGAAGAAGAGCCCCGAGAUCAUCAGCGGCAGGAUGACCUUCGCUCUGACCUGCUACUCGCUGCUGUUCAUGCGCUUCGCCUAUAAGGUCCAGCCGAGGAACUGGCUUCUGUUCGCCUGCCAUCUGACCAAUGAGAUGGCCCAGCUCAUCCAGGGCAGCAGACUCAUCCGAUACAACAUGGAGAAGAAUACGGCCAAGUGAUGAGGUUUCAGCCCCUCGGCCUCUUCAGAUCAAACUCUCUAUUCUGUUUAAUGCAAAUAAAUAAUCACAGAUGAUCCGUUUUACGCUGUUUUCUGUCUCUGUUACACAUGUAUGAGAUUUUAAGCCUUACAACACAGUCCUGGAAGUUUCAGUAGAAUUAUUUGAUUAAUUUAUUUCCAUUCAUAAUGAAAUCGGUGUGUAAACUAAUUAUGAUUAAAAAUAAAAAAUAAAACUAAUAAUG